GACGACUAGUCAGCCUCAGCGUUCUAUGGGUUCUACAGGACAGACUCAGCGUACAGGAGCAUGUUAUACCUGCGGGGAUUUUGGACACUGGAAGGCAGACUGUCAGCAAAACAGGCGUCCUAACAAUAAGUGUUGGCUUAACACGAAAUCUGAAAAAUCAAUUUCUGGAUGCCGGAGUUCCAGUGAGAAAUAUUGAUAAUGUAGUGGGCAGGAUGGCCGAUCAAAUUUUACAUUCCAGAGCGGAUGGAACUAUUUCAAAGUAUUAUUCACAUGUUAAACAAUUUAAAGAGUUUUGUUCAAAACACGGAUUUCAAGCUUACCCAGCUUUUCCUAUCCAUGUAGCGAUGUAUCUUUCGGAGUUAAUAGAUUUACAUAAAUCUGACACUGUUGUUUCAGCAGCGUUUUACGCAAUAAGGUGGUUACAUGAAAUAAACGAUUUAACUGAUCCCACAAAGAAUGCCAUUGUGAUUAGAAUGCUUGAAUGUGCAAAAAGAACAAACUCUAAGCCUGUACAGAAGAAAGAUGUUUUAUUGCCGGAACAUUUAGUGAAGCUUUGUGACUUAUUUUCAACAACAAAAGACAUUAUAGUUUUAAGAGACUUAACAAUGAUUCUUUUGUGUUUUGCUGCUUUCUUUAGAUAUAAUGAAGUUAGUGAUUUACGAUGUUGUGAUGUUAAAUUUUUUGCUGAUUACAUAGAGGUUUUUGUUAAGAAAAGCAAAACAGAUGUAUAUCGAGAAGGCAAGUACGUAGUAAUUGCUAAAGGGGUCACUAGUGCGUGUCCGGUUUCUAUGUUACAACGAUACAUGAAUUGUGCCGGUUUGUGUUCUAAUUCGGAUAUGUAUUUGUUUCGUCCAGCGUGCAGAUCUGGUUCGAGAUGUUUUCUUUUAAAGAAAGACAAAAAGCUUAGUUACUCUCGCGCACGUGAAUGUAUUGUUAGCAAGUUAAAAUUAGUCGCGCCAGACAUGAAUUUGGGUACGCAUUCAUUACGCGCAAGCGGAGCUUCCGCGGUCGCGAACGCAGAAGGUGUUUCAGAACGUUGCCUUAAGCGACAUGGAAGAUGGAAGUCUGAUUUAGCUAAAGAUUCAUACAUAAAAGAUUCUAUUCAAAAGAGAUUGUCUGUUUCUAAGACGUUAAUGUUAUAA